GGGAUGGAGCUAAGAACAGCGAAUCUGUUGCUUUACUCGGCGCUGGUGGUCGUCGUGUGCUGGAGCCAAGAGGACUGGACAGCGCAGUGCUCGUCCUCGUGCAAGUGCAGAUGGAUCUCCGGCAAGAAGACCGCGGAAUGCAUCAAUCAGAACCUCACGGAGAUACCUAGCAGCCUGUCGCAAGAGAUCCAGAACUUCGAUCUCCAGGGGAAUCGUAUCAAACACCUGACACACGACUCCUUCAGCGCUGUGUCCUUGGUGAACCUACAGAGGCUGGUGCUGCGCAAAUGUGAGAUCGAGUCGAUCCACACGGAAGCGUUCAACGGUCUGAAGAUCGUGAUCGAGAUCGAUCUAUCGUCGAACAACAUCAGAACGUUGUAUCCGGGAACGUUCGCGGAGACACAGAGGUUGAGGAUGUUGGUGUUGAACGACAACAAGCUGAAAGUGCUGGAGAAUGGACUGUUCCGCGAUCUGGUCUUUCUGCAAACGGUGAAACUAGCUAACAACAGAUUGGAGAAGAUACAGAACAAGACUUUUGUAAAUUUGCCAGGUUUGAAGGUGUUGACGUUAGACGGGAACAAUCUGAGCACGUUGGGUGUACAAAGUUUCGAGUCGUUGCCGAUGCUCGGCAGCUUGGAGCUGAGAAACAAUCCGUGGAAUUGCAAUUGCCAUCUGAAGAGAUUCCGCGAUUGGACGAUCGAGAGGAAGUUGUACACGCAUCCUACCACGUGUCAGCAGCCGUUGAGCCUCGUUGGGAAGAUGUGGGACGAGGUUCACAGCGACGAAUUCGCGUGCAGGCCGGAAAUAUUCACUAUCGGGCCUGACGUGAAGGUGGAGGUCGGCAAAGGGAACGUCACGUUGUGGUGUAAAGCGUCGGGUGUUCCACGACCGCAGCUAUACUGGGUGCACCGUUCGAGAAUUUUGAACAACCACACCAGACGGCACAACGGCGAGAAGAAUUACGUGCUGAGAUUGAGCCACGACUGGCUCAAUCUCACAAUACCGGACGCAACACCGUCGGACAAGGGUGAUUACGUCUGCGUGGCGAAGAGUCCAGGUGGUAACACGGAGAAAAACGUGACGCUGGUGAUCGCCGGUGACGUUAUAGGCGGUAACGACAACAUGUUCCCGCUGCAAAUCGUUCUGCUUCUCGGAUUGUCGGCGUUGCUGGUCACGAUCUUCGCGGCGACACUUUGCGUGUGCUACUGUCGUCGCCGGCGUACCAGACACGACGAGAAGAGCCUCGAAGCGGCCACGAUGGAACACCACGGCCUCGGUGAACAGGAGAAGUCGCUGAUCACCGCGAUAAAUCCUGUGGUGAAACCGCCGAGACGGUACGAGGCGCCUUCUGUGACAUCGCACGGCACCGAGAUGACGGAGCUGAAUCGUACAUUGCUCGACAACGACUCGGUCUUCGCUGACGGUAUCGGUGGCGGUGUCGUCGGCGGAGUGAUCGGCGGGGUCGGCGACGACGAGAGGGAGGAACGAGCGACUCCAGAGCUCGAGAGCGGCACCGGCACGCUGUGUCGCGGUGGAACCGGAAGCUACCGCCAGUAUCCUCCUGAUCUUCUGGCGUUCUCCGGCGGUCGCGGUGCGUCGCCCACUAGCCAAGCGUCCACGGCGCCCGACAACACUCGUCUCCCGAGCCAACACGCGACGCCAACCACCGCCGCUUACGGCUCGCCCUCCAACCAAUAUCCGGCCGCGCAAUUCAAGACCUUGCCGCACAACCGCAGCGUAACGCCCUACGGAAUCGCCAGCUCCACCAUAGCACCUGUGAUGCCUCGUCACGGCUACGUCACGAUACCAAGAAGACCGAGGGCGCCUAGCUGGAGCAGCGGACCUCCCACGUCGCCCACCGACGGUUUGGAGCCUGUCUACGACAAUCUGGGGCUGAGAACAACGGCGGACGGUAGUUCGGUGCUUUCGUUGAACAAAAGUCCCGAGCCACUGUCCUCGAUGAGAAACAGACCGUUGCCUGGAACACCGAAUUCGCACUACGGCACGAUACAACGAAGCACACCUAACAUACUGACAAGCAGUCCGCUGGACAGAGCUGCGCCCGAGGGUGCAGCCGAGUGGCCGACGAAGCUCGCCGACGAGUCGACCACGGACAGCAAUCAUCUACUGAGUCAACAGCAGCAACAACCGCAGCAACAACAGUCGGCUAGCAAUAGUAACACGCUUGGAAGGAAGGUACCACCUAGACCACCGCCUAAACCGAAGAAGAAAUCAACGAACGGACCGUUGUACGAGGACGAGGGUGAAGACGGGACGGAGGUAUGAUCGACGUACGUCGGUCGACGAAGAUGAGGCCGCGAGGUCGUAGCUGUGCUAAGCAGAAGAGACGCAUGACCGAAGUCACAAUAAACCGGUAGUGCCUUUGAAACAAAAAAUAACGAAGAGAGA